UCGCGAUUUUUAAAACAAUAUCGUGACGACGGCCAAGCAAACAACGAACACAUCUGUGCCUGCGUGUGGGGGUGUGUGAGUGUGUACCGUGUAAUUCCCCUUCCUUGAGUCUGUCCCUCUUCUGUUGCGGGUUGUGAGUGUUGCCUGUACUCUAUCGUCAAUUUGCGUUGGUGGGCAGACCGACAGCGAAUAGCAACAAUCUAACUGAAUCCAUCUUUCUUAACGGAUAUUCUUUUUUUGUUGUCUAAAGCAGCGUUGUUCACAACACACACACACACACACACACACAAAAGGGGAACUGCAGUAAACAAUAAUCAAAAUACAAACGAAUAAGAAAGAAUAAGACAAAGAAAAGAAAAGAAUAAAAAGAAGAAGAAGAAGCCCAAAGACGGGCAGGCAAAACAAUCACCCCCCGGACCAAAAGUGAGAGACGAGGAGAAAAAAUACCGGUCACGUUCGUGGAGACGAACGUUGGCCCACUUCGAUCAGAGGAUGCCUUUCGGUGAAGUCAUGUAUCGGUGUAACGCCAAUUACUGUUUCAGCAGCGUCUUCCGCAAUCGCGUCGUCGGCCUCGUCAUCACGCUGGCCCUCAUGCAACUCUUUCUCUUCUCUUUCUACCUCAACGGACUCCACAGUCAGGCGGUGGUCACGACCAAUACGGGCAGCAGCAGCAACAGUCCCGUUUCGUCAUCGGAGCAACAGGAUGGGCAUAAUCACCCGUUAGAAUUGGCUGCCGUCGUCCAACAGGCCGUUCGGCCGCGACACGUAGACGACCCUAUAGUGCUGGCAGACGCCGGGAGCGCGGCUACGGUCGGGCCUGACUUUAACCUUGGUCAACGGUCAGUGCCAGUGGGUCAAGAGGCGGAGCGGGCAGACGACGCAUUCCUUAACCCGUCUAUCAGCAAAGCCAAGGCCGUCAUGGGUGACGCCGCCAAAAAAGCCCUCGACCACCUGAUGACCAACAAGAAACCAGCCAUGGAUUUGAUGGCCAUGGCCGCCAAGAAGUUGUCUGCAGACCCCAACGAUCCCGUCGCCAAACUCGGACUAAAUCUUUUGGCCAAUGCCUUUAACAACAUGAAAAACCAACGGGGACCAGCCCAGCUCAAGCCACAACAACAACAACAGUCAACCAAUGAAGUGGUGGGCCGCAGCCAGCAACAAGCUGUCGCCAACAAUAAUGAGCCAGUCUCGUCAUCAGCCGUUAACGAUGUCGAGGAUCCAGCCAAAUCCCAGUACGCUAAUCUAGCUCAAAUGGGCUUACAAAUGCUAACCAACGGGCUGGCCGAUCCUUCGUCGAUUGCAGCUAAUAAGGCAUCCAGUCCGGACAUGCGCAUGCUGGAAAUGGCUUCCCAGUUGAUGUGGCAGAGCGCCAAACUAUCCAAAGCCGGAUUUGAUCCUCAAAUGGCCAAAUCGGCCUUGGGCUUACUUAAAGGCGCUGUGGCUAGUCAGAAACUCGAUCCGAAGGUGAUUCUCGGACUGGCUGGCAAGAUGAUGACAAUGCAACAACAACUGCAACAACAAACUGCGCCCGUUUCCGGCGAAACUAAUGGCGGUGGCUUCAACUUGUUGAGCCAAUUGUUGUCCAACGGCCAGCUGGCGUCGGCGCUGCUCAACGCCGGAGCUGCCGCCGCUCAGCCGGCAGUUUCGGCUGACCAAUCCAAUACGAUUUAUCGCAAUUAUGUCAAGGUGACCAGCAGAAAAUUGCCGACGCUCAAAUCGAAGAUGUCCUCACCUUAUUCCAUCCCGUCUGGCAAAGUUGUCGUCGACAUUGGAUUUCAGUUCACGAUGGAAACGGUGGACACGUGCCGCUCCAACGCCACCUACUUGAUUAUGGCCGUUUCAUCGGCUGCGCACACUGAGGAACGACAGGCGGCUCGCGACACGUGGAUCAAAGAUUUGCAUCAGCUGGUUGGCGGCAAAGUCGACGUUGUUUUCAUAAUUGGUCAAACGGCCAACGUCACCCUGCAUCGGGCCGUCGAAGAGGAGGCAACGACCCAUCGCGACUUGAUCCAGACCAACGUGCAAGAGCCAAUAGAAAAUGGCGUCUUCAAAACGUUGGCCGGUCUCGUCUGGAUCGACCGCAACUGUCCGGAAAUUGAGCAAAUCCUCAAGAUCGAUGAUGACGUCUACGUCAGCGCAGCGACAAUGCUCAAGGCGAUGGAGAAGGGCAAAGCGAGGCCCACCAUUACCGGUAGCCUGAUCGACAGCAUGAGUCCACACACGACAUCAGAUGAGAGACACAAGGCGUCGAAGAAAGCCUGGCCUCUGAAAGAGUUCCCACGCUUCAUCCUCGGCGGAGCUUACCUGAUGGGCAGGCCGGCAGUGCCGCGCUUACUGGCGGCCGCCCAGAUAACUCCAAUCUUACCACUGGAGGAUGUCUACGUGACUGGACUGUGCGCCGUCGGCGGCAAAGUGGAGCUUAUUCCCAAUAAAAGUCUGUUUGAAGAGGAAAUUAGCGAAGAGUUGGACACAUGCACCUUUGAGGAUUUCGCCUCCUGGCGUUCGACGGGUCCCGCUGACGUCAAACAAACGUGGAACUUUGCUCAAGCGAUGAAGAGAAGCGGCGAGGUGUGCGUCACAACCAACAAGUGCGCCCGGACGUUCAUGGGCAUUUGCAUCCCAUCAUCGUCCUAAUUCGCUCUCCAUCGUCGUCUCUGUGUACAUCGAUCUUUUAUCGUGAUUUUCAAAUCGGACUGGAUCCAGUUAAUCUCCGAUCUAUCGCGCAAUGAUUUGCAAUUAUUUAUUUAAUUGUGGGCAGUUGAAUAUUAUGGAAUUUCCCGUUUGGUGGAUGACGUGUUGGUUAUCUUGGCAUGUAAAAUAUUAUCUUUUUAAUCUACAUUGUUGGACAACCUAGACAGUCAAAACUCUAUUUGAUCGAGAGCCUCAGCAAUCACGUAAGGGCAGACUCAAAGAUUCAUCUCAUAGAGGUUUUCGCAGAUUGUUCGUCCUUUAUAAUUACUUGUAUUCUUCAUAAUCAUGAGAGUGACUUCUGCAAAAUAAUAAGACAAGUAAUACAAAACAUGUUUUUUUUAUUAGAA